AUGAGCUCCAUUCACAGCUUUAACUCGCCGAGCUGCCCUCACGCCCGCCGCUGCACACGCAGCGCCCUCUAUAGUGCCAUCUAUAGACCCAUCUAUAGUGCCAUCUAUAGACCCAUCUAUAGUGCCAUCUAUAGCCCCAUCUAUAGCCCCAUCUAUAGUGCCAUCUAUAGUUCCAUCUAUAGUGCCAUCUAUAGCCCCAUCUAUAGUGCCAUCUAUAGUGCCAUCUAUAGCCCCAUCUAUAGUGCCAUCUAUAGUUCCAUCUAUAGUGCCAUCUAUAGUGCCAUCUAUAGCGCCAUCUAUAGUUCCAUCUAUAGUGCCAUCUAUAGCCCCAUCUAUAGUGUCAUCUAUAGUGCCAUCUAUAGCCCCAUCUAUAGUGCCAUCUAUAGUGCCAUCUAUAGCCCCAUCUAUAGUGCCAUCUAUAGUGCCAUCUAUAGUGCCAUCUAUAGCCCCAUCUAUAGUUCCAUCUAUAGUGCCAUCUAUAGCCCCAUCUAUAGUGCCAUCUAUUGUGCCAUCUAUAGUGCCAUCUAUAGCGCCAUCUAUAGUGCCAUCUAUAGUGCCAUCUAUAGCCCCAUCUAUAGUGCCAUCUAUAGCCCCAUCUAUAGCCCCAUCUAUAGCCCCAUCUAUAGCGUCAUCUAUAGCCCCAUCUAUAGCCCCAUCUAUAGUGUCAUCUAUAGUGCCAUCUAUAGCCCCAUCUAUAGUUCCAUCUAUAGUGCCAUCUAUAGCCCCAUCUAUAGUGCCAUCUAUUGUGCCAUCUAUAGUGCCAUCUAUAGCGCCAUCUAUAGUGCCAUCUAUAGUGCCAUCUAUAGCCCCAUCUAUAGUGCCAUCUAUAGCCCCAUCUAUAGCCCCAUCUAUAGCCCCAUCUAUAGCCCCAUCUAUAGCCCCAUCUAUAGUGUCAUCUAUAGCCCCAUCUAUAGUGCCAUCUAUAGUGCCAUCUAUAGUGCCAUCUAUAGCGCCAUCUAUAGAGCCCUCUAUAGUUCCAUCUACAGCACUCUCUAUAGCCCCAUCUAUAGUUCCAUCUAUAGUGCCAUCUAUAGUGCCAUCUAUAGCCCCAUCUAUAGUGCCAUCUAUAGCCCCAUCUAUAGCCCCAUCUAUAGCCCCAUCUAUAGUGUCAUCUAUAGUGCCAUCUAUAGCCCCAUCUAUAGUGCCAUCUAUAGUGCCAUCUAUAGCCCCAUCUAUAGCCCCAUCUAUAGUGCCAUCUAUAGUGCCAUCUAUAGCCCCAUCUAUAGUGCCAUCUAUAGUGCCAUCUAUAGUGCCAUCUAUAGUGCCAUCUAUAGCCCCAUCUAUAGUGCCAUCUAUAGCCCCAUCUAUAGCCCCAUCUAUAGCCCCAUCUAUAGUGUCAUCUAUAGUGCCAUCUAUAGCCCCAUCUAUAGUGCCAUCUAUAGUGCCAUCUAUAGCCCCAUCUAUAGUGCCAUCUAUAGCCCCAUCUAUAGUGCCAUCUAUAGCCCCAUCUAUAGCCCCAUCUAUAGCCCCAUCUAUAGUGUCAUCUAUAGUGCCAUCUAUAGCCCCAUCUAUAGCCCCAUCUAUAGCCCCAUCUAUAGUGUCAUCUAUAGUGCCAUCUAUAGCCCCAUCUAUAGUGCCAUCUAUAGUGCCAUCUAUAGCCCCAUCUAUAGUGCCAUCUAUAGUGCCAUCUAUAGCCCCAUCUAUAGUGCCAUCUAUAGCGCCAUCUAUAGUUCCAUCUAUAGUUCCAUCUAUAGUUCCAUCUAUAGAGCCCUCUAUAGUUGCAUCUAUAGUGCCAUCUAUAGCGCCAUCUAUAGUGCCAUCUAUAGAGUCCUCUAUAGCGCCCUCUAUAGCACCCUCUAUAGCGCCAUCUAG